AAGUCCCCUGCACUUGCCCUUUGUGUAUCUCAGACAGAGGUAGCUGUGUUACAGCUUCUGAAGGUGUUCAACUUGCUAAAGAACUAGGAGCCACUUAUUUGGAACUGCAUAGCCUCAAUGAUUUUUACAUAGGAAAAUAUUUUGGUGGGGUGCUGGAAUAUUUUAUGAUACAAAGCUUGAAUCAGAAAUCAUCUGAAAAAAUGAAGAAAAGGAAGAAAAGCCAUAAAUGUCAUGGAGUUAAGCCACCUCAGCUUGAUCAGCCAGAAAAAAUGCCUAUCUUAAAAGGCGAAGCCUCACAUUAUGAUUCUGAUUUACAUAACUUGUUGUUCUGCUGCCAGUGUGUUGAUGUGAUAUUUUACUCUGAAGACAUGAAGGAGGUAGCAAAAGCACACAGGAUUGUUUUAUGCUCUAUUAGCCAUGUCUUCAUGUUGCUUUUUAAUGUGAAGAACCCAACUGACAUUCAGGAUCCUUCUAUCAUUAGAACUGCUCAGUCUCUCUUUGCAGCCUCUCAGGAAACUCUGUUUCCCAUAUUAAAACAUGGCACAUCAUGUGGUUCACCAGUAAGAGUCAUUGUUAAAGACUCAUUCUUCUCCUCUUGUUUGACAGAUAUUCUGCACUUCAUUUAUUCAGGUGCUUUCCAAUGGGACCUAUUGGAAGAGCACAUUAAAAAGAAACUGAAGAAUUCAGGGGAUGUUGAGCUUGUUCUUGAGAGAGUAAAAUGUAUCUUGAAAAUUCCAGGAAAGGUUAACGGUUCACAAAAUUAUAGAACUUAUUUGUCAAAAAGACCGCUACAUUUAUGUAACACCUCUCUCAGACUUUUCUUUAACACAACAGUAUUAGCUGAUGUCAUGUUCAAAAUACAAGGUGCUACAGUACCAGCUCACAAAGCAGUCCUGGUGGCUCGCUGUGAAGUAAUGGCUGCUAUGUUUAAUGGCAACUAUAUUGAAUCAAAUAGUUUUUUGGUUCCAGUUUAUGGAAUUUCCAAAGAUACAUUUCUAUCUUUUUUAGAGUAUCUAUAUACAGACUCCUGUUGUCCAGCCAGCAUUCUGCAAGCCAUGUCACUUUUAAUAUGUGCUGAGAUGUACCAGGUUUCAAGGCUCCAGCACAUCUGUGAGCUUUAUAUAAUUACACAACUCCAGAGCAUGCCUAGUAGAGAAUUAACAUCUACAAGCCUGAGUGUGGUCAGCUUGCUUCAGAAAGCAAAAUUUCAUAAUUCGGAUUGUCUUUCAAAUUGGCUGCUUCAUUUUAUUGCUUCUAAUUACUUAAUCUUCAGUCAAAAACCUGAGUUUGAAGAUCUUUCAGUGGACGAACGCAAUUUCAUAGAGAUGCACAGAUGGCCUUCUAGUAUGUACCUGAGACAGCUUGCAGAGUACAGGAACUACAUUCAUUCUCGGAAAUGUCACUGUCUAAUAAUGUAAAAUAAAAAAAAUAAUCUUUAUUUAUGAAUGAUUGAAAGCUGUGCUUCAGAAAUCUUACAACUGAAAUUUGAUAUUUAGCUGAAAUGUUGCACCUGCUAAUGAAUAACUACGGUACUGUUUAAAAGCAUGUGAAACAUAUUGUAACAUAUGCAUUUACUAAGAUGAAUUUCAGCUGUAUUGUUAAGUCUGAUUCUAUACUAUUUUAAAUUUUUUGGAGGAAUAUGUACUAAUUUGGAAUAUUUGUUAGUGUAUUAUGUAUCUAGGAUUCCAGGAGCUUGAAGGAGAGAUUCUGCAUUCAUUACUCACUUUUUUUAGCUAUUUCCUUUGAAGAUUUUAGUAAGUUAUUUAUGAGCUUUUAGAAAUUGUAUAUUUUGUAAAAAACAGAGCUUGUAAAAAGAUUCUAUUUUGGAAUUAAAACUGUACCUCAUCCCAAUCUGCAUCAAAUUUCUGGAAAAAAAAUCUCUUCAGAAAAUUAUUUAAACUUUCCCUUCACUGGGGAAUCUUGUAUAGUAAAAAAAAUCCCAGUAUGGUUUUUCUAGGUAUUGUAAAACAAAAUUACAUUUGAAAAAUAUUUUGGUGUUGUUUCCUGUAUAAUUGCAUAUAUAUAAAAGUAUUUUCUUAUGUUUCUUUUUUGUGCAAAAAUAACCUACUUACAGUAUUCUGACAAUAACAAUUUUAAAUUCUUCCCACCAGGUAGAUAAUAAUUUAACAAUCAUUUCACAAUUUUGAAAACAACAUUAUUCCUAAAAAGGUCUGUGUAAAUUCAAUCAGUAGCCUGUGUAUGUUUGUAUAUUAUUUAAUUCAUCCCUGAAAGUUGUUCUAUAGUUUGUUUCCUAUAUUUAGUAUGUGAGAGGCCAAGGGAAGAAGGCGGAAAUACUAAAUUUACAUACUCUGAUCAUAUGGAUCCAGACCUUUUAUGAUCUUGGGGCAUGAGCACACUAAUCCACUGAGUCCUUUCUAUAAUUCCCUUCUCAUUUCAGAAUUUAAUAAACUCAACUAGGGGCUGUGUUGCAUGUCCAUUUUCCCCAGACAUAUUUUAUCCAUUAAGGCAUUCUUGUCAAUUUUCCCAGAUGGGUCUGCACUGCAUUUAGACAAUGGGACUGUUCUGGCCAAUUUUCUGAGGUUUUUGUACCUCCCUUUUUUGCGUAGGUGCACAUUAUUACUAAGAUUGUAGUAUUUUCUGUCUUUAUAUGUAGUUAAGUGUAUGUUUUACAACCCACAUAGACCUGCAAUGACCUCCACAUUGUACCCUCCAUAUGUACAAAGGUGGCAUUAGAAUGUUCCAAUGGUUAAUUGAAGCAACAUUUGAAUCAGGAACUAUCUGACCCACAGCACACACUUUCAGAGACAACGCACUGCUUCACAAUAUUGCAAUGGCUCUUAUAAAUAAUGUUUUAUAUAAUAUUUUGUAUUCUUUUUAAAAUGCCAAAUAGGAUACUACAACUAAUUUAUUUCUAGUAGCGGUUUUUUUUUUAUUAAGGAAACUUAAAAACAUUUUCAGCAUUUUUGUAUGACUAUAAGUUCCAUGGAAAUAGAUACAUUAAAAUCCAUUUUUAACCUGUUCCUUUGCUUUAAUUUAAAAAGGGUAAUAUAUUUUAAUGAUUUUAGUUAUUUUAUCUAUAAAUCUAGGCAUAAUUUUUCAAAUGACUAAAAUGUUUUAAGAUUAUGAUUUAGUGUAAAUGUUCCUUUUAUCUGAAAAUUGAUGUGUAUAAUUAUGACACAUUUUAUCCUCAAAAUAUUUACAUUCCAAUGCAGCUGUAGUAGACAAAGGUAAUUAUAGAUGACAGUAUGAAGAAUGCUGUUACAAGCCUGUAUAGGGACAGAAUGGGAAGCCACAUAUAGAGUACCUUAUGUUUAUUAAUUCUUACAUAGCUAGGAAUACUGUAUUGUUGAACAUCUUUGAAUUCACUUGCAGAUAUGUAUAACUAGCAACUAGUAACCUGCAAAUCCUUGGAUGGCAAUGGCAUGUUUUGCGAAAUAGUUCAUAAAAUGACAGACUAUUCAUGGUUUAUUUGGGAUGCACAUGCACUGCACUAUAAUCUCUUUUCAGAUUAUGACAGCUAUUCAUAGUCCUUCAAACUCAUAGGAUUAAGUUGUAAUUUAUUAUAUUUCUUAAAACAUUUUAAUGGACAGGUAUGCCUACUGUGAAAGAUAAUCUGCAGCGACUUCUACAUUUCCGAUAACAUUAUAUUUAUUAAUACCCAAGAAUUGAUAAGUAGUAAUCUAUAGACAUCACAUAUUGAAUGCAUUCCUUUAAAAUCUAUUUUUAUAAGAAAAGCAUUUCUAUUUGCAAUGCUACUGUUUUUUAAUGAAUAAAUGUCAAUAUCAAGCCAGCAUGGAAGUUUCCAGAGAUGCAACCUUAAAAUUACAGUUAAAAUGUUUGUUGAAAUUUAUCACAUGAAUGAUUGUGGCUUUGUUGCAAAAGAAAAAAAAGCCCCUUCAUUUUGUCAUGUGUUGGGUAUGUAAUAAUUUUACAGAUUAACAGGUUCUUAAAUUCACAAUAUUUAAUUAUGCUAUUUAAUUUCUUGUAAUAUGACAUUUUAUUAAGUGCUUAUUUGUGACUAUCCAUUAAAUAGCUGCAGUCCAAACACUUUUUAAGCUGUCUGUAUUUAAUUGGAUGUUAGAAUUUAAAGUAGAAAAAUUAUCAUAUGUUGUAUAUCCUUAAUUGUAAGUAAUUGAUUGGCAAUGCAAAGCUGCAGAUUUUGACUAGGAAGCUGUAUAUCAUAACGUGCAGAAAAGUGAAUGCAGCAUCCGGCUGGAAACAGAUACAGCAAUCUUUCUGAGUUGGAGACUCAGGGCUUCAUUUAUUCAUAGCCACAUCUGAAGCAUUGCACAGCUUUCUAUUUCCUUUUUUUAAAAAAAUGUGUUGAAGCCAGUAUUGAUUCCUGAUCACUGCCUGGGCAAGUCCCUGCAGUAUUCUUCAGUAAGAGUUCAGAAGCAGCUUGCCAUUGCUACCUACCUUGGGCUAAGAGAGCGCGAGAGCGAGAGCUGUGUUUUUCUUAAAAAAUAAAAUUCUUUUCAGCCAAUCCUGUCAUGGUUCUCAGUUAAAAUGAAUUUUAGGGAUGUCUUUAAAGGAAGAUGACAGAUGCCCUAUUGGUACAAAUUCCUUUGCAUAGAUUGAUAUAAAAUAAGCUAUAAAAUUGCAUUUUUUGUGAACUGUUAUGUCCAGUGAUGUUAAAAGACCUCAAAACUUAAUCAUGAAGACAGUUUCAUUCAGUCAAACAAAUAAGUGGUGAAAAGGCUAACUAACCUGUAAGGUGUAGAGGUAAUUCUUGACUUGUGACUGGUUGCAUAGCAACCAUUCAGAGUUCUGAAGGACAGCCCUGAGGGUAUAUAUGACCUGGAUUCAAAGUUCUGUCCUCUACUUCUUCCAAGGGUCAUAUGACCACACUCCAGCUUGCAUUUAUUACAGUGUCCUGUAAUUAUGUGAUGGUUUC